CUCGGCGGCGGCGCGUUCAGUCUGGAAUGUGGCAGCGGAGGGUCACCAUCACCACCCCCACCGGUUUUCCGACGCUAAAGGCCCCCCGUAGGAGAUCAGAGCAGUGGGGAGAAUCCCACCCAGCCUAGCCCAGCCCAGCCCAGCCUAGCCUAGCCUAGCCUAGCCCAGCCGCUCACCAUGCUGAAGACCAGCUACCGGCACGAGGUGCGCAAGGAGCGCUACGAGCGCUCGCACGACUUCCAGGAGCCCCGCGGCCCCGACGACGACGACCACUACACGCCCGGCUCGGCGCCGCCGCCACCGGGCUGGGAGAGCCUGCAGGAGCUGAACGAGCGCUUCGCCCGCUACAUCAACCGGGCGCGGGUGCUGGAGCAGCGCAACGGCGUGUUCCGGAAGCAGCUGGAGACGCUGCGGCGCAUGGAGGAGGCGUCCGGCCUGGAGGAGGCCUUCGCCGAGCAGAUCGGGCUCAACCGCCGGCGCGUCCGCGAGCUCCUGGCCGACCGCGCCAAGCUGGAGCGCGAGCUGAGGGACGCCGAGCGCAUGCUGGACGAGUACGUCGACAGGUACAGGAAUGAGUGUGACUACCAACAGCAGAUGAGAGGCACGCUCGAGCAGCUGAACAAGGAGGCGGACGGCACUCUGCUGAGAAAUCUGGAGUUCCAGAUCCUGUCCCAGUUUUUGCAAGAUGACAUCAACUCCACCAAGGACAGGCACAAGAAGAACUUGGCCGAGAUUCAGACCUACGUGAACGUUCUGCACAAGAUCAACCAGAGCAUUCCUCUCUUGCCAAGCCUGUCCGUGGGGAUGUCGGAGGAACAGGAGAAACUUCUGGCCCAGCGGCGAGUUCCCACCCUGCAGAGCCAGCUGGAGGAGAACAAGAGCGCCCUCUGUCAGCUCCAAUCGCAGAAGGCCAGGCUGCGAACCGAGACCUCGGCACUGGAACAGGCCAUCAAGGGCACCCAGGACAGCUACGAUGACGAGAUCCAGCUGUACAACGAGCAGAUCGAGGCCCUGAGGAGGGAGAUGGAGGAGGCCGAGCGCUCCCUGGAGAGGUACACCAACGAGUGCAGGCAGCUGGCCAUGUACCAGAGCUCCCUGGAGAACGAGCUGGAGAGGCACAAGAGGAUCAUCGAGAACGAGGACAACAGGUUGAAUUCUGCCAUAAUUGGAACCCCCAUCACUUUGUUCACGGGCAGUUGCCACUACACCCAUACCCCGUCGAUGAACAACAGGCCGAAAGACAUCACUCAGGCCAUACAGGACAUCACCAGCAUUAAGCCCCGGCAGAAGAUCCUGGCCAAGAAGGGCCUGAAGAAGAAGGAGCUCAGCCCCAAGGACAUGGUGGACAGCGGACUGGAGGAGAAGACCGGGCCGGAGCGCCAGCAGCAGCAGGAGGAGGAGGCGGAGGAGGAGGCGCGGGGAGCGGGGCGGGAGCAGGACGUGGAGGGGGAGGUGAGGAGGGAGGAGCACGCCCUGCACUUCCAGGAGGCGGCCCCGGACGACGUGCCGGACGGGAGCCAGAUCAGCAAGGCCUUCGACACGCUGUGCAACAUGGUGAGGGACCGCAUGCGGCGGUACAGGAAGCCGGAGCCCCCGGCCGACUUCUACACCCAGGGCCGCUACGUGCUGGUGAGCGGGGAGGGGAGCUACCUGGACCCCUGCUUCUACACCUCCAGCCCCUCGGCCGGGCGCGUCUUCGUCACCAUCUGCAACGGGGCGUCCCCCCCUGACGACGACACCUACGGCGGGGACAAGCCCGGCCCUCCCGUCCCGGCCCCGGCCCCGGGCCCGCCCCCCGUGCCCCUGACGCCGCCCCCGAAAGACGGCGAGGGGGAGGACGACCCGGGAAAGGGGGAGGGGAAACAGGGAAAAGACAAGGGAAAAGGCGGCAAGGGGGGCCAGAAAGGGGGAGGGGGCGGGGACCCGCAGCCGAGGAUCCAGGACCCAGACCCCGCCCCAGGCCCCGCCCCGGGCCCCACACCCGCACCUGGCCCCGCCUCUGGCCACACCCCCGGCCCCAGCCAGCCCUCCAGUGGGCGGAGCAAAAGGGACAAGACCCCGGAAAGCGGCAGCAGGCGCCACGGUCCGCCCCCCAUGCCCGCCCCCCGCACAAGCCCUCCCGCGGGCAGCAUGACCUACGAGAAGGUGGAGAUGGUGGAGUCCAUCGAGAAGAUCUCCGACGACAACAAGGUGCGCGGCUACGAGGAGACGGCCAUGAUCGUGGAGACCAUGAUCGAGAAGACCAGCAAGAAGAAGCAAGGGGACCGCUCCUCCUGAAGCACCUCCCAUAAUCCUCUCUGCCGCUCUUCACGCAAGCCCCGCCCCCCUCGCACCCAGGCUAGCUUUCUCUCCAGCUUCUGUUGGCUUUGUUUAACAGCACUCUCGUACUUUUUACAUCAGCACACUUAGCCUUUAAUGUCUGAAAACCUGGGAGUGUGAACUAAGACAUACCAAAAAAAUAAUAACUAAAAAAAAAUUAUUAAGAUGAUGCAAUUGA